UUUCACCUGUUUCGGGGCGUGGCCUGAGAAGAGACUUUCGGCCUGAGAAGAGAGAUGACUUGCACUCCAGCUCGGCUUCUCCUCGACGUCAACUUGUAAACUUCUUUGGAGUUUUGGAGGUUUUGUUGUUGUUUUUGUGUAAGGUUGAGGAUCCCGGAGUCACGUGACUGCGAUGUCGGCCACGGUGCGGCGACUUUUAGCUUCCGCCGUCGUCCUCUCGCUGCUGAAAGCGUCCAGGUGCAUCCAGGUGAUCGUCUCCGAUCAGGACCGCAGCACCUUCCUCUUCGGCUCCGUCAUUCUGCGCUGUGACUAUUCCACCUCUGCUAACCCCCAAGAUGUCCUGCUCACCUGGAGGUUCAAGUCCUUCUGCAAGGACCCGGUGCUGGAGUACUACUCCACAUCGUUCCAGUCUUCGCUGCAGUUGGGUCAAGACCCCGCCAACGACUGUCCUGAUCGCCAGCGCACGGUGCGGACCGUCAUCCAGAAGAGAGGCACCAACGAGCCCAUAAUCGGUGCCGACUAUCGGGAACGCAGAAUCUCCAUCCAGAAUAAGGCGGACCUGGUGAUCAACGAUGUGAUGUGGGAGGACAAUGGUGUGUACUUCUGUGCAGUGGACGCUGCAGGUGACACCACCGGGGACUCGGACAAGGAAGUCAAACUCAUCGUUUAUCAUUGGUUAACGGUGCUGUUAAUCAUCCUGGGCAUUGUGCUGCUCAUCAUCCUGCUGGGAGUGUGUUGCUGCCAGUGUUGUCCUCAGAAGUGUUGCUGCUACGUCAGAUGUCCUUGUUGCCCUCAGCAGUGCUGCUGCCCCGAGAAAGCGAUCAUGCAACAUCGUAUGAUGAAGGACGCUCAGAGGGCCAUGGCUCCUUGGAUGGGAGGACAAGUUUAUGCACCAACGAUCCAUCCAGUCAACCCCAUAUUAUACCCAGGAUCUGCAUCAGGUAAAAGCAUCCCCCUGAAUGGUUUGCCUCUCCCGCCUCCUCAGUCGUCCUCCUACAGCAUGCCGCCCCCUAGUGGGCCCAGAACUGGCACACCUGCCACCAAUCACGUGCUGGACUACAUGGAGAGUCACAUGAGGGGGAUGGACGUGACCACUCCUCUGCUACAGCCUCAGCCGCCACUGCCGCUUCACAUGCACCCGCUGGCCCCUCCCCCCCAGCAGAUGCCCAUGGGGGUCCCGUACUCCCCCGGCCCCCCCAGCAUGAUCUCCGGCCUCGGCGACGGCCCCACAGAGCGCCGCGUCAUCACCCUUCCGCCGAUACGGGAGCCGCCGUCGGCCAGGGUGCCGCCCCCCGCGCCCAAGACACGCCCCCCCAGCUCCAGCGAGAGCAGCCGUGGCGGGUUCGGACCUCGGGACGGGCACGGGGCGGCGGGUCGACGCUACCCCUCGCCUCCGCGCUCCAGGGGCCUCCCCAGGAGCUACAGCCAGGAGUCCCUGGACGGACGUCUGCGCGGCGCCCAGCGGGAGGCCACGAGCCGCCCUCGGUCCCGGUCCAGGGACGACCUCUUCGACAGCCGCUCCAGGGGGAGGUACUCCCCGCCUGCGGGGCGGCGAGCGGGAGGAUCGUGGAGCUCUGAGGACGAUGACAGUAGUCGGCGAGGAGGAGGAGGAAGAAGAGGAGGAGGAGGAGGAGGAUGGGGGGACAGGGCCCCCAGCUACACCGAGUACGAGCCCGGACACAAACCUUCCCCCAGGAGGAACCAAUACUCUGUUAAGAGCUCUCGCAGCGGCACCAGUGUUGUCAUCUGACCCCAGCUGACCUUUCAUUCUUAGUGUCCCCUCCCUGGCACCAAAACCAAACUAAACUUUUCUUGCAAGCAUUCGAAAGUUCCCCCAAAAAUAUUUCAGUUGCAAAUCUUUUAUUUUGGUGGUUCGACUUGAAUCUUGUGGGCUUCAACACGUUGUUCCGUGUCCGUGACCAUAUAUGGGCGUGACGUCAACACAUUUGGAGGGAAAAUUGAUUGAAAUUCAUUUUUGAAAAUCACAAAUUGUUUUAGAAUCGGGAUAAAUAAGAAUAUUUAUGAAUCAUUUUUUAACCAAAGACUGGCAUGCGCAAUACUGACCAAUUAGAAGGCUUGUAGCAUAUUGUUCCAAGAAGGCCCCGCCCACAAGCGCUCUACUCGUAACCAUAAAAAAAUUACGAUUUUUAUUCGAUUGUUGGUUUAAAAAUAUAUUUUUAAUUCGUUUAAUUUGAAUAAAAGCCACAACUUUGUCUCAAUGGGAAGUUUGGAAACUAUUUUGAAAUGAAAAUCUCCGAUGUGAGCAUGAAGUCCACCUGCUGGUUGAUGGGUGAAGACUGAGGUUGUUUAAUUACAAUCUUUUUAUUUACAAUAUUUGUCUUUUAUUCAUGCCGGCAAAACAAGCUGGAGCACAAGCAAAUGGCUCUUACAAAAAUUAACUGUUACAUUAUUUAAAGCUUCAAACACUGUAAAUAUAUAUUUUUUGCCUUCAUUAUUUUGUUUUUUAUCUCUACAAAGUGCAAUGGUGAAGCUUUUUUUGUACAAAAGCCAUGAUGGUGUACAUAUGUAAUUGAGAAAUAUUGUAGCAAUCAUUGUUUUUCGGGAAAUGAAGAAUGUUUUUAUAAUAUUUUCCAUAAUCUGUCUUAAACUGCUGUAUUAUGUUUCAAGCUUGAACCGAGCUAAGUGCUACGUUGUGACGUUUUUUAGGUUUGUACAGUACAUUCAUGCCAUUUGUGUCAAACACAUUUAGAAUUAGAAUUUAAUUCAAAUGUUUUCUUUGAACUACUUGAACAAUAAAAGAUUCUCG